AAUCACUCGGUGCAUGCUCUCCGUGGUGUGUGCAGCAGCAGCGCGGGGUCCACGUGGAUCCGCAGCACCAUGAGUUCCUACCAGUUCGUCAACUCGCUGGCCAACUGCUAUGGAGGCGGCCAGCAGCAGAGAGCGGCGGCGGCCACGUCAAGCGCCGCCGGCCCGCAGGAUCAGACGGCCCUGGCUGCCGUGGCCGCCGUUCACGCGGCCGCCAAUCAGGACUACUACGGCGGCGGCUACCCGGGGGCGGCCAACUGCUACUCGCCCCAGGUGUCGCCGCAUUACGGCCCCUACGCCCCCGCAGCCGCCUCCACCCCCCAGACGCACCCUUCGCUGACGCAGGGUGGCACCGCGGCCGAAUACAACCCACAGUUGGCCGCCGCGGCGGCCCAUCAGCGGCUGACGGCCGCCACCAGUCUCCAGAGCAACACAUCCCCGGGGGCUCCGACGCCCCCGUCGGCCACCCCUGUCAGCUCGUGCAAGUACGCCGACUCGACGGCCUCCUCGCCGCAGGACCUGAGCACCAGUUCUGGCACCACCCCCAACCCUCAGACCAGCAGGAGUCCGACGGAUCCUUCGACGGCAGCCUCGGCCGCCCCCGGCCAGCAAAGCUCGGCUUCCUCCACCGCCUCCAACAACAACUCAGGCUCUGGAGGCAAAAGCAGUGGCAACCCGCCGCACAUCUACCCCUGGAUGAAGAGGGUGCACCUUGGCCAAAGUGAGUUCCGCACUGUGAAUGCUAACGGCGAGACAAAGCGACAACGGACGUCAUACACGCGCUACCAGACGCUGGAGCUGGAAAAAGAGUUCCACUUCAACCGCUACCUGACGCGGCGGCGACGCAUCGAGAUCGCUCACGCACUCUGCUUGACGGAACGCCAGAUCAAGAUUUGGUUCCAGAACAGGCGGAUGAAGUGGAAAAAGGAGCACAAGAUGGCCAGUAUGAAUAUCGUUCCGUACCAAAUGCCGGCCCAUUUCCUGCCCCCUUCCCACCAUCACCUGGCGCACUUUGCACACUUCCAGGGCGACACGCGGUGCUGACAGCAGGACUAUAGCCAGUACUAGGCCCUGGUGCGUGCGAGGCGCCUGUAAAUAGACAGCCUGUACAGUUAGUUGACUAAUUCUCAUUCAAGAAGUACAUUUAAUAUUAUUAAAGCACUCUUUCAUUUUUUUAUUGGGCUGAAUUUCGCCGCCAAUGUGUAAUAAAGUUUAGAUUUGUGUCCACCCUGCAAGCAACGCAACCGGCGAGGUCCCUUAAAUUGUUGAUCGGUUAAAUUACAUAAUAGACUGAGUGAUUUUGAGACAGUGCCGAUUGUGAGCUUUUCUGUUUUGGGAGAUGUAUGUAAAAAUUCCUCCAUUUACUGUUGUGCCAUUCGGAUUAACUCCUUGAAUAUUUUUGGUCAGCUAAUGAGGACGUUAGAUUAAGAAUCGCAAAAUUUGUAUUUAAUCUCUCAAAUUAAAAUUAUACAUUGCGCCCUGAUGACAACUUUUAUAUAGAAAAAAGACAGACUAGUUUUAUCUCAUGCGCUCUUGAUACAUAAAAUAAUUUGAAAACCUAUCACUUUAGAAAAAUGUGUGCAAAGUGAGCAAAGCAAAUUCGGAUUCACACAGGGAAAAGAAUAGCUAAAUAACAUUAAUGCUAAUUAACCACCAAACCAUGUUACUGAGAGCAUUGUCGUCAAGUAGAAUGCAGAUAAAUGCAUAAUAUACUUGUAGUGCUGCUGCCAGUGGAAAAAAGAAUUUGCGCAUGACUUGUUUGUAACUUGUAGUUGUUUCUGUCGAAACGAAAAAUCGCAUGAGAAUAAAUUAUCCUUCACUUUCAUAGUACGCCGUUAAUAAUUUGUUUUGAAAAUGCCUGUGAGUAUUUCAAUUAAUGGCUGCUAUUGAGGAAUGAUAGAACGUCUAUAAUAACUCUCAAAAUUGAUUAAACCUUUCAACGUUGUGACUCAAUCAACUCUGAGCUGCUGCAGUUUAGCAUUUUUACCUAAAAAAUACUUAAAUUACAAUAAUGAGUAAUUAAGAAGCAUGAUGAAUUAUUUUUAAGCAAGUGUAAAUAUGUGCAUGCCUGACGCAUGUUGCAUUAAAUAUACAAAAAAACAGGCAUCUCAAAGUAGAUUUACUGAGGGACAUUUAAAUAAAUUAUUUACAAAUUUCAAAUCAAUUAAUAAUUUUAAAAAAAAAUCAUAAUUUUUAAAUUAUUUCUAUGCCUUUGAAUUUUAUUUCCAAUUUAAUUUCUCAGUUCUAAAAACUUGAAGACUUAACCUUAUUUAAUAUAAUGCAAUUCGUCUUCAGAUAAUGCUAAUUACUUUUGAAUAUCCCUCAACUUGAUAACAAUUAUUGAAAUUUAGAAUACAGAACAAUGCUUUGUGAUCUCAACGAGUUGACUCUUUUAAUUUUUAUUAUUGAACGCAAAUUAACGUGUAUACGAGUAGUUGUAUACUAUAUUAACUAUGAACACUCUGCUUGAUUUUGUGUGCGUGUGUUUGCUACCCUUGCAAAAAUCAAUGGUGGAGGUGUGAGCAGAGCUUUGGUGUGUGUUGCAGACAUGCAUCUCGCCUCGCUGCAGGACGAGGCCAUGUGCUACCAAAUGGGCCCCUCAAUGCACCGGGGCCUGUACGCUUGCGGCGGCCCCUACGGCUAGCACGGGGCUUCCGGGGCCCCGAUGACGUACUCGGGGUACCUGCACCAUCAGACCAGGGACUUUAACAGCUGGGCCUGAGCAGCCUGGCACCUCUCUCAAUUCCACUACUUUCUCGGGACUCGCAAAAAAUAUACUUGUGCGGUUGUGAUGAUGACUUUUAGUAUGUAAUUAAUUGUUGUUAUGAUUGAUUAUUAUUUUUCAAGUGAUAUUUCGUACACGCAAGCAUAUAUUAUUCGAGUUUAUUUGUGUAAAUACUGUGUAUGAUUUUUUUUUUUAUCAUUAUUUGUAUAAAAGUAAUUUAUAAGUAGAGGAUUUAUCUUCGCAGCAAUUUCAAAUGCGGAACUAAACAGGGAUUUGUCUCAAGCAUUGACUCUCUAUAAUUGUUUUGUAAUUUUUGUUACAUUCUUAAGUGCGGUGUUGUGUGCAUGUGGCAACUUUUGAAUUGUUAAUAAUAUAUUCACUACAAUAUUAUUAUCGUGAUAUGUAGUUGGUAAUAAUGAUUAAUGACAGAAAAAGACGCGCAUUGCAAGUCCCUUUGAUCAUUGUAUACACACUUUCUUAUGGAAAAAUACUUAUUUCUUCUAGUAAAGGUUCAGAUUAAUAUAAGAG